AUGAGCCAAGACCCUCAUGAAGUCGCCGAGCUGGUGAAGACCCUGGAGGCCAACAAAGGUAAAGGUCGGGGCGGCCACAAGGGCUUCUCGUGCAAGAAAACUACAUUUUCCGUCGAUGGCUCGCAGUAUACCGUCGACUCAUGGCGAUUCAACGAUUGGGACUACAAAAGAAACGACCUUCCGACCUACGCCCGCGGGCUCUUCACCACCAGAAGAUCCGAUGGCACCCCCGAAAUCGCCAUCCGAGGCUACGACAAAUUUUUCAACGUCGAUGAGGUCCCAAACACCCAAUGGGUCAACAUUGAGAAUGACACCACUGGCCCGUACGAGUUGAGUGUCAAGGAGAAUGGUUGCAUCAUCUUCAUGUCUGGGCUCGAAGAUGGCACCCUUCUUGUCUGUAGCAAGCACUCCACAGGUUCCAGGUCAGACGCUGCCCUGAGUCAUGCGAAAGUAGGAGAGAAGUGGGUUCACAGGCAUCUGGAAAGUGUGGGCAAAUCUCCCAGAGAUCUGGCUCUGGCUUUGAGGAAGAUGAACGUGACCGCAGUCGCUGAAUUGUGUGACGACGAAUUCGAAGAGCAUGUUCUUGAAUAUCCGCCAGAGGCUGCCGGCCUGUAUCUACAUGGCCUCAACCUCAACCUACCAGAAUUUGCCACCUUGUCAGGUCCAGAAGUGCAUGAAUUUGCCGAUGCAUGGGGGUUCAAAAAAGCAGAGUACAUCAUCCUCCAGUCUCUUGAUAAGGUCAAAGAGUUCCUGGCAAAGUGUGCCGAGACAGGUUCGUGGGAAGGAAGAGAUACCGAAGGAUUUGUGGUCAGAUGCAAGCUGAAGAGCAAAGGGGCGACCUACGCUCCCGCCUGGUUCUUCAAGUACAAGUUCGAGGAGCCAUACUUGAUGUAUCGACAAUGGCGAGAAUGCACCAAGUCCGUCAUUGCAGGCAAACCUCCAAAGAUCCGCAAGCACAAGAAAAUCACAGAAGAAUACCUCACAUACGCCCGCCGGCGGUUGGCCCUGGACCCCUCGAUCGGUAAACUUUACAACCAGAACCAUGGUAUCAUCAAGAUGCGGGAAGGGUUCCUCGCCGAGAUAGGACAGAAAGGGUCAGAUAUCAUUGCGCACGAGAGAGAGCAGGGAGCAGAUGGCGGCGGCGAUGGGCAGAUCUCGCCUGUCGUUUUGGUUCCCAUUGCAACUAUCGGGUGUGGGAAGACGACUGUGGCGACCGCCCUGGUGCACUUGUUCGGAUUUGGGCACGUCCAGAACGACAACAUCGAAGGGAAAAGAGACAGAUCCCAGCGCUUUGCGUACGCCGUGACCGACUCGAUAGCAAGGCACCACCGAGUAGUCAUUGCAGAUCGAAACAACCACCAAAAAAGAGAGCGCGAACAGAUUAUCAACGACAUCAGCAAGGUUCUUCCCGAAACACGAUUUGUGGCCUUGCAUUAUGUUCAUGAGCCCAAGAAUCAGAUGCUUGACAAGAUUCGCAGAGUCACCCGAGAACGAGUGCUCGAGCGAGGAGACAAUCAUCAGACAAUAAGAGCGGGCAGCAAGGGUCCAGAUGAAAUCAUCUCCAUCAUGGAGGGAUUUUUACACCGAUUUCAAGGUUGCAAUCCAGAUUCGCCUCCGGACAACGAUUUCGAUGAGAUUAUCAACUUGGAUGUUACGGCAUCUUCACUUGAGAACCUGGAAACCGUCAUUACUCACUUGUACAAUGCUUUCCCAGGACUCCUGCCAGAUGCGAUGCCUGGAGACAAGGAAAUGCGGGAAGCGAUUGAAUUUGCAAUGCAACAACAAGUUGAGAAAAAACAUGAUCUGGACUUCAACAAAUCAGGUCCUUCGAGCAGAGGACAGAAAAACACACCGCCCCCACAACAGCCAAAAAUGUUCACUGCGGACCAGUUGGUGGCUAAGCUGGAAUAUUUUAGUGUGCCAGUGUCUGUGACUCAGAUCAAUUCGGUCUUGAGCAAGUUGUUUGAUUCCGGCGACGCAGAGGAGGCACGCAUGUAUCGCAUGCUAAAGCAGUCACGUCGUAUCCAAGGGGAGUUUCAUGUGACGCUGAUUCAUCGCGCGUCUGCCAGUCAACACGCCGACAUGUGGCAGAUGUACACCGAGACCUACAGAAACGCGAUUGCCAACGUCGACCUUCGAGAGAAGGAGAGGCUGGCACCCAACCUUGGUAAGGCGCGGGUCAGGUUAGAAAGACUGGUGUGGGACGACCGUAUCAUGACCUUUGUUGUCCGCAUUUUCCCUGCCGACGAAGGCAAGAUGUGGCCAAGUGCCAACGCGAUCGCGCAUAUCACGGUUGGAACGUCGGGGGCUGAGGUCAAGCCGGUCGAGAGUAAUCAGCUGUUAAGCCGUUGGGAAGCAGGCGACUCAGCUGCUGGUGUGAUCCAUGACAGAGAGGUCCCCGGGGCCAUUGUUCUUGAAGGCGCAGUCAAGCCGGUUUUUCAGCGAAAUACAUUUGGUAAAUGA